UCGUCAUAAUUCUCUUUUCAGGAGCAUCCUCGACUAGGAGGGACUCCGUUGGCGAUGUUGGCCGCCCAGUGCAACAAACUGGCCUCGAAAAGUCCUCCUCCGCUGGCAGACGCUGCCGUAGGCAAAGGAUUCCAUCCCUGGAAGAAGAACAACUCAGGUCCCACUCCCGUUUCUCUCGGACAGCCGGCGCCGGCGUCCUCCCCCAACUCGUUACCGUCGCAAAGUCCGCUCUCGACCCCUCCGGGCCGUUCGCCCGGAACCCACACGCCCACGUACAGCAUGACCGCAACUCCUGGCCGACCCGAUUCGCAAGGCAGCAACAUGAUCGUUUCUGGUCAAACGCAAGUGGCCACGUCGUAUUCGGAUAGUUUGUUCUAUCCGGCGCAGAGUGUUGCUAGUCACCAUCACGGAGGCCAAGACCCGAGCCAAUUGUACGCUCGGCCAGCGUACGAGUCGUGGCCGUUCAACGUGGGUCAGACCCAAGUCAAGAGCGAGAUGCCCAGUGCGGCCCCGGCCGCCACGGCGCCCUGGUGGGACAUGCACGCGGCAUCGUCGUGGGGUCAACUGGAAAUGGGAGUGCCGUCCGGAGGGAUGGCCCAUCAACUACCUUCGAGUUAUCCCCAGUCGGAUUAUAGCUUCAGUUCGAGUCUGGCAUCGACGCCCGCCGGCCUUCUCGCCGGCACAGGAAACCAUCAGCUUCUGCAGGAUACGUACAAGACGAUGCUGAGCUCGUCGGGUCAGAGCAGUAGCACGGCUACGAGCGGCUCUUCGUUUCUGUCCUCGCAGUCGACAGGCGUGACGUCUUUGGCCAGUGUGCCGUCUCCGCGAUCCCAGCGAAGGUACACUGGAAGGGCGACCUGUGACUGUCCUAACUGCAAGGAAGCAGAACGACUCGGCCCGGCGGGCGCGCAUCUGCGCAAGAAAAACAUUCAUUCAUGCCAUAUUCCUGGCUGCGGGAAGGUGUACGGCAAAACUUCGCAUUUGAGGGCCCACCUCAGAUGGCACACUGGCGAGCGUCCUUUUGUGUGCAACUGGUUGUUCUGUGGUAAGCGUUUCACUCGUAGCGACGAGCUCCAACGACAUCUAAGAACACAUACUGGCGAGAAAAGGUUCGCAUGCCCUGUGUGCAACAAGAGGUUCAUGAGGUCUGACCAUUUAUCAAAGCACGUGAAAACCCACAACGGGGGCAACUCCGAGAAAAAGGGCUCCUCCUCAGGAUCGUGUUCCGACUCGGAGAACUCGCAGUCGGAACCCCAAUCCCAGGGUGGCAUGAGUCAAUCUCCGACGCCGCAACUCAUGACAUCACCACCGUUAUCGACGCUGAAUCCGGCCCUGAUGAGUCCCUUGGUGCUCCAAGGACACCACUCGGAGCCGCCCUCGACGGCUCAUCCGCACCUUCUCAUGGCGGCGCCCGACCACUUCGCGCCCCACAUGAGGAAGUAG